GGCACACAUUUUAGAAUCUAUGAAAAACUUAAAGUGUGAUCUGCGUAGAGUUUUGUAGGCAGAAUUUUUAGAAUCAAAAUGAUUAAUACACGGCCCUCAGUCUACAAACGGAGAGUAGAUCCAGCAGGUGGAUUAUCAGUUAUAAUGUGUGAUGGAGGGGCAGCGUCAUCAUAAGUGAAAGUGAAACUGAGGCAGGAUAUUGUUCUCCUUUCGAUCUAUACGAACUCUCUUAUUAACAUUUUGAUAAUAUCAUAUAAUCUAUAAAAUAUCGCUAAUUUAUUCAGACACUUUUGUGAACACAGCAAUGUUGAGUUAAAGAAAGUGUUUGUAAAUCAGUAUCUCACUUUUGGACAGAAACUUAAAUCAUCUGUGUCUCCUCAGAGAUGAAGUUCAUUUGUUUGACUCUCCUGCUUGUUAGUGGAAUUACAGAUUCAAUAUCAGAGCAGUAUGAAGUGGUGGGACCUUCAGAUCCAGUUUUUGCUGUAGCUGGUGAAGAUGUGAUUCUGCCCUGUUCAGUCAAACCCAACAUCAGUGUUGUGGACAUGAGAGUGGAGUGGUUUAGACCAGAUCUGAUAGACUCACAAGUGCAUCUCUAUGAUGAUCAUAAAGACAAAAACACAGAUCAGAUUCAGUCCUACAGAGGGAGAACAACACUGAAUCAUCAAGAACUACAGAGAGGAAACGCAUCACUCAAACUCUCAUCAGUCCGAGUCUCUGAUGAAGGACGUUAUAAGUGUUUUAUUCAGUCUGAAUCCUGGUCUGAUGAUGCCAUUAUUAAUGUCAAAGUUGAAGCUGUAGGACGUCCUCCAGUGAUCACUGUAGAUGGGUUUGAUCUUUCAGGAGGGCUUCAUCUACAGUGUGAAACUGAAGGUUGGUAUCCGGAACCUGAUCUUGAGUGGCUGGACAGUGAAGGAGUCAGUUUGAGUUCAGGAACUACAGAGACACACAGCAACACAGAUGGAUUCAGUGUGAAAAACACCAUCAUUGUAUAUCACAGUGGCAAGAUUCACUGCAGAGUCAAAAUGAAGCAUCACAUGCUGGAGACACUGAUUGACACCUCAAAUAAUAGGUUUAUUUCUUGGAGGACAUCAGUGAUCCUGAGUUCAGUUUUUCUUGCACUCAGUGUGAUUGCUGGAUUACUGAUCGCUGCGUUUGCUCAUAAAUACAGAGAACACAUUCAGCUACGGAAUGAGAAGAAGAGAAUACAAGAUGAGAAGAAGAGAAUACAAGAUGAGAAUAAGAGAAUACAAGAUGAGAAGAACAGUAUACAAAAUGAGAAGAACAGAAUACAAAAUGAGAAGAACAGAAUACAAGAUGAACGUGAUCAACUUUUACAAAGUCAGAAGAUUAUUAUUCCAAAAGCUCUCCCACAUUUAAGAACACACAGAGUGAAUGUGAUUCUGGAUGCUGAUUCGGCUCAUCCUCGUCUCAUCGUGUCUGAUGAUGGGAAACAAGUGAAAUAUGGAAACAGACGGAAAGAAGAUGGAAAAGACAGGUUUAGUGAAAAUCUUGGUGUUCUUGGGAAGGACGGAUUCUCCUCAGGGAGUUUUUACUUUGAGGUUCAGGUGAAGGAUCAGACUGAGUGGGAUGUAGGAGUGGCCAAAGAAUCUGUUAACAGGAAGGGCUGGAUGAUCAGUCUGAGUCCUCUGUAUGGAUACUGGAUUGUGGGUCUGAGAUAUGGGAAGUAUGUGGCUCGUGAUCCUUCAUAUGUCCCUCUUUCUCUGACAGUGAAUCCUCAGAGGGUCGGGGUGUUUGUGGAUUAUGAGAAGCGUCUCGUCUCUCUUUAUGAUGUUGAGUCCAUGUCUCAUAUCUACUCUUUCACUGGUCAGUCUUUCACUGGGAAACUCUAUCCAUUUGUUUGUUUGGGGUUUGAGUCGAAUAAAAACUCCACACCACUGAUCAUCUGUGAUUAAUGAGAUCAGUGAAUGAAUUUACAUGAUCAGGUGAAAUAAAAGGAGAUGCAAUAAAAAGUGUAACAUCAAUAAAUAUUAAAUAUUAUUUACACUAUCAGUCAGAAAUGUGGACACAAAAGAGUGUCACAUGAUCACCAUCACUCAGUGUUCACAGUCACAUGAUCACUGAUCAUCAUCUCCUCUAAUAGACCUUAUGCACCUGAGAAAUAAGCGCGCCGCCAUCUUUAUAAUGUCUUUGAACUUCUGUUUUUGCAGCAGCAGAUUUUAAAUGAGCAGUUCAUUCAUAAAUACGCAAGAUCGCUAUGGAAAUACAAUCCGGAAGUCAAAAGACAACGUGUGCAGUGCUGAAAAGGGGCGGAGCUACAUAAGAUCUAUAAGAUCACACUCCUCACAGUCACUCUUCCUCUGCCUCGACUGUGGAUUCAGACUGUUAUACCUGUGAUACUCAAUGAUAGUUCCUGUCAUACUCCAGAGAUCUCCUUGUGAUUUUAUAUAAAUCAUGCUUAAAUAUACAUUUGAAUUUCUGUACAAGAUAAAGGCUUUACUUCAUCAUGAAUAAUGUUCAGAUCUGGAUCAGAUGAUGAAUGAAGAGCAUCAUGAAGUGAUCGUUCAGUAACUGUUCCUCCUUCAGCAGUGUUUGGUGUUUGUUGAUGAAUGUCCAGAUUGAGCAGAACUGGAAUCAACAAACUCAAAUAUAAGAUAUUUCAUUUGUGUGACAUGUUUUACUCACUGCAUCAAGUUUAUUAUUGAUUUUCAUUUUUUAUUAUUCAUUUAAUUUCAUCUUAAGAAAAUCUUUCACCAAAAAGGGAAUUUCUGUCUUUCUAACCGUUUUUAUUUUCUAUUAAUCAAAAUGUUGAGAUGUUUUCAGUCUUUGUGUUUCACAGUAUUUAUUCUCUCAUCAGGACUAAAUGAUUAUCUUUGUGUUCCGAGACGAUUAUAUACAAGGAAACAUUUACAGCCCUGAGAAAUGCUGAAAAACAGGUUUCUAAAGAAAGAUUUAGGAUGUUACAAAGACAGUGAUAAAACUUUACUUGUAAAUAAAUAUGAAGAUACUCGUCUAUAGCUCUGACUGAUUUUAUUUAUUCAUUUAUUUUAAGUUUUGGCUGCUCUGAAAUGGGUCACACUGUUGACAUUAUCUAAGCAGUUGAAUAAAUACGCUAGAAAACACUCAUGUAAAGAUGUGUUUAUUGCACAGUUCAGUUAAAUAAUAAAGUUUGUCCUUACAUAAAGAAAAUAUAUUUCCCUAUAUAUGAAUGAUCAAUAUAUGACAUGAUAAAACAGCAUAUUUUAAAAUAACAGAAUAAUAUAUUGUGUAAAAAUAUUACAAUAUAUUGAAUAAUACAUAAGGAAUUACCAAUUUUUAUAUAUUGAAAAAUAUGUGACAAUAUAUUUACUAACAUAUUAUGUACUUUUAUAUUCAGUAAUAUAAUACAUAAUAUAAAGAGUUAUAUAUGAUCAGAUAUGGUACUGCAUAUUGCAUAAAUAUUUAUUCAUGUAUAAACAAACAUAUAUAGAAAAAUACAUUAUGUAAUACAUUUCUUAUAUAAUUAUUUACAUUUUAAAUGUUUUAUAUUUUCAAGCUAGUGAAGGGAUGGAUUCUGGAAUCCACUGCCACUUAAAUAUAUCUUUUAAGUUAUUAAUCAACAUAUAUCUUUCUGUUAAAUUAUUUGAAUGACUUUUUCAACGUAUGUUAAAGCAUUUCUUUUCCUUUUCAAACACUAGAAAAUAAGUUUGAAUAUUGUCUGUACCUCUGACUGAGAGAAAAGUACAUGUUAUCAGUAUUUUUUAGUUUCCUGCUCAGAGCAGAGCUCAGAUCAACUUCAGCCCUGGAGAAGCAGUGAAUCAUGUGUAUCUGUGUAUGUGCGCUAAGUGUUUUGUGCAGGUCUUUUGUACUGUUGGACAACUGUCUCUCUGCUCGAGACCAGCAGACGUCAUGUCAUGACCCCAAAAAGAUAACUAGUACCUAAAUCCAGAGUCCCCUCGUCAGCAUCGUGACGAAAGGAGAUCUUCUUAUUAUCUGUCCACGUGUGGAAAAUUUCUAAUCUUGUCUAUUUUUCUUAGCCAAUCAGAAUCAUUCAACCUGAAUUAAUGACGUAGUUAGUUGACUCUGUUAGAGUAUAACUGUUGUGGAAAUGUGAAUGUACGCGG